AUGAUUCGCGCUCACGACCUCGAUAUCGUCAUCCCUAGCCCCGAGUCACCUCCAGGGAUGACGGCCUCCAAGAGCUCAAAAUCGUCUUCUUUCCAGUCCUUUAGUAGCGAUGAUGGCAGUGUCCUAGCCGACGUCGGCCACUUUGAAGACAUUGGCCUGGAUGACGACACCGAUACUGUGACCCUCAAGAGCCCAUCUGAGGUCAACAUCCGCUCCCUAGCCGUCAAGGCGCCCACUGGACGAACCCUCGCAGCCGGCCGAACUGCUUUGAAAGGCCGUCCGCCUUUUCCGGCCCUCCAGACCAACGUCUUCGCCUCGAACCCGCGCAGCACCAAUCUAAGUGCUCUUACUGAGCCUCUCUCGGCCAGUCGCCCCAAGCCCUUGACCAGUCCUUCCACUUCGUCCCUCCCAUUUCCACGGCGCCGAACCCCCAGCCCUGCAUACUCGCUCAAUCCGAGAGACCCGAGCCGUCCGGCCAAGCCUCGCCGUGGUAGCUGGCAGACGAAUCGCGAUCGCAAGUCCUUUACCGACCUGGAACGCGAGUGUGACGAAGACGACGGCGAUGACAUCCCCGACGGCCUGGUCCUGGAUAAUGUUCCUAUCUCUCCCCGCCCCCCGCAGGAGCGUUCGCCCAGCCGGACCAACUCCAUAUCACCAUCCCCCGACCGAGCCCCCAAAGAACGCGUCCGGAGCGUUGGCAACGGAACGCCGGCUGUCGCCCAAGCCCAAGGAUCUCUCCGGUCUCCUUCCUGGAAAAGCGAUGCCCCCCCUCGCAGCCCUCUCAAGGCUCGCGCACACAGCUGGAACGCGGCUCUGGCCGAACUCAAUGCUGAAGCCAAGGCUCUGACUGAAAAGCUGGAAGAGCAUGCGGAUGAGAUGGACGAGAGCCAGACCAAACGGCCCAAUGGCACCCGACCCAAUACUUGGGCCUCGACCCGUCGGAGAUCAGUGGACAGCUCCUAUGACAAGAGGGAGCGAAUUAAGUCGACACCGGAACUGCCGCCUCUCCGGAAGACUAAUAUCAUGAUUGACCCUCUUCCCAUUUCAAAGGAGAAGGAGGCUGUCUUGAGCCGCACUCGACCAUCCUGGCUCCCACCCAAGGAUCCUGCUGAGGAGAAACGACAUUUGAAGGAAUACCAGAAGAUGAUGGCUGCUAGCGCCCGAUCUGAAGAACGCCGAGAAGCCACCCGUAAAGCAAAGGUUGAGGGACGUGAUGUUACCGCAGAUAACCUGAUGCAUAUCUGGGAACGAGAUGUGAUCCCCCGCUGGAACGACGCCAUCCGAGAGCGCAGGACGAGGGAGCUGUGGUGGAAGGGUGUUGCGCCUCGAAGCCGAGGAGUCGUAUGGUCACGAGCGAUUGGCAAUGAGCUGGGCCUCAGCGAAACGUCAUUUGAAGCAGCACUAGCAAGAGCGAGAGAGGUGGAUGCUCGGGUCAAGGACGACAAGGGCGACGCGGACGACGUCAGGAAGGCCAAGUGGUUCCAGGAAAUUCGCAAGGAUGCUUCCGAGCGGACCUGGAAGGACCUCCGCAUCUUUGAGGUUAGCGGACCGCUGAACCAGAGCUUGAUUGACGUGCUGAGCGCGUAUGCCAUGUACCGGAGCGAUAUUGGCUAUGUGUCGGGUUGUAAUACAAUCGCUGCCUUGCUACUGCUGAACCUACCAAACCCCGCCGCAGCGUUCAUUUCACUCUCCAACGUUCUUAAUCGACCCCUACCAUUGUCCUUUUAUGCAGCGGACCCGGGCGCUCAGUCAUCGGCUUGCAACUUGGUGCUGCAAACCCUGGCACUCAAAUCCCCCACGUUACACCACCACCUGACUAUGAAUGUCGACCCCGCAACACUGGAAGCCUACCUUCGCGACAUUUUCACCAGCAUGUUCACGGCACAGCUUGCCAUCGACGAGGCCGCAAGGUUAUGGGAUGUAUAUGUCUUCGAAGGAGACGGUCUCAUGGUGCGCGCGGCUGUGGCCUUCUUAUUGAGCAGAGAAAUGACUCUGCUCGGAACAAAGAACUCAGGGGAAGUGAAAGCGGUCCUCUCAGUGCAGAAUGCCAGCGUGCGUUCUGCAAGACCCGCUGGCGAAGUCGGCGCGGAAGACCGAUUUAUGAUCUCGGUCCGCGAGGCUGGCAAGGCCUAG